UUCAAUUCUCAACAACAAAAGAAAAAAAAAUGGCCAAAUCUAUUAACAAUAUAAUCUUCCUAGCAUCUGCUAUUUGUUUCUUGUCUUUCCUUGGAUUAGCCUAUGGAAAUUCUCACUUCGUCGUAGAGGGGAAAAUUUAUUGCGACACUUGCCGUAUCCAAUUCAUAACCAAGCUCACUACGUAUCUAAAAGGCGCCAAAGUGCGGUUGGAGUGCAUGGAGCGAGAAGGCGGAGCUAUAACUUUUAGUGCCGAAGCAGAAACUGACGCCACCGGAGCAUACCAAAUUCCGGUGGUCGGGGAUCAUGAGGAGGAGAUUUGCAAGAUUACACUGUUGAGUUCUCCGGAUGCUGAUUGUAAUGAAAUAAAGAAAGAUCCAUGGGCCAAGAAAGCAGCUCAAAUUACUCUCACAAGUAACAAUGGCAUUGCUAGUUCGGUUCGGGCCGCUAACCCUAUCGGAUUCAUGAAGAAGCAAGCUCUGCCUGAAUGCAUUGGAGUUCUCAGAGAUAUGGGAUUCAAUGCCCAUGGCGUUAUGCCAUGAGCCUAAGUGUUCAUUGUUUUUUAAUUAAAUAAACUAUCUUAUUUUUUAAUAUUUGUUAUUGUAAAUCCGCAAGAACAGCAAUUUCGAUUUUCUUGGUGAAGAGUUUGUUAUUUUGUUCAAGUGAAUGUAAUUCGGGUGCUUUUCUUUUGUUGUUUUUGAGAAAAUUUUCAAGAAAUUAAAACUUUUGAAUUA